GGGGCCGGGGCGGGCCGGGGUCACCGUCCGCGUCGCCGCGGCUCCGGCCGGCGCCUCACGUGACCGACGCGGUUCCGGCGCGGCCGGCGCAGCGAGGAGGCGGCGGGCGGGCGGGGGCGGCGACCGCAGCCGGGAGGGAGCGGCCUGGCGGGGACGGGAGCGCUGCCCUCUCGGACGCCGCGGCGGCGCAGGAAGAUGGCGGAGGCCUCGGCGGCCGGGGCGGGCGCGGGCGCGGCGAUGGCGGCGCACCGCUUCUUCUGCCACUUCUGCAAGGGCGAGGUCAGCCCCAAACUACCGGAAUAUAUUUGUCCCAGAUGUGAAUCAGGCUUCAUUGAAGAAGUGACGGAUGAUUCCAGUUUUUUAGGUGGUGGAGGCACUCGGAUAGACAGUAGCACAUCAACACAUUUUGCAGAGCUCUGGGACCAUUUGGACCAUACGAUGUUUUUUCAGGAUUUGAGACCAUUUCUAAGUAGUAAUCCACUGGACCAAGACAAUAGAGCCAAUGAGAGGGGUCAUCAACCUCACACUGACCUCUGGGGACCAAGUCGACCGCCACGACUGCCUAUGUCUCGGAGAUACAGGUCACGCGGAAGUACUCGUCCCGAGAGAUCCCCAGCCAUUGAAGGAAUAAUUCAACAGAUUUUUGCAGGAUUCUUUGCAAAUUCUGCAAUUCCUGGAUCCUCACAUCCCUUUUCCUGGAGCGGGAUGCUGCACUCCAACCCUGGGGACUAUGCCUGGGGUCAGACAGGGCUUGAUGCCAUUGUAACCCAGCUUUUAGGACAACUGGAAAACACAGGGCCUCCCCCAGCUGACCAGGAAAAGAUCACAUCUCUUCCCACAGUGGCGGUAACGCAGGGACAAGUCGAUAUGGGUUUAGAGUGUCCAGUGUGCAAAGAAGAUUAUACAGUUGAAGAGAAAGUCCGGCAGUUACCCUGCAACCACUUCUUUCACAGCAGUUGUAUUGUGCCGUGGUUGGAACUGCAUGACACCUGCCCCGUGUGUAGGAAGAGCUUAAACGGUGAGGACUCCACUCGGCAAACCCAGAGCUCUGAGGCCUCUGCAAGCAACAGAUUUAGCAGUGACAGCCAGCUACACGAUCGAUGGACUUUCUGAAAACUAUAGACCGUGUCUGAGCUAGGACCAUGGAAGUUGUCUUGCCACAGCUGUAAAUUAUAUCAAAACAAAAAAAAGUAGAUGGAUUUAGGAAUCACAUAAGAAACCCCAACCCAUAAUAUAAUGCAAUGAGUGUUUUCUUCUCUAAAGUUAGUAUCUACACCUGGAAUUGUAUCUACAACCAAAUGCCUCUUAUAUGGGAAUUCAGAGUGGUAAUUUUAUAAGUGUGAAAUUUAAUUAUGUGGGUUCCCCCUGCCAGAGUAGCAUCAGUCCCCAAUAGCUAGGGUCCUGCUCUUUGUCCUGUCACCUUGUAAUGGGUGUUCCCACUUCCUUCUCCGCCCUCUACCCUCCCAUUAGUGUAUUUUACAGUAAAUACAGUGGAACCAGGCCCUAAAGUCCUGCUGACAUAAAGUCCUUUUGUUUUAACUGU